AUGGUGCGCGCAAUCUUUUUGACGGUAGUUAUCUUUGUAGCUCCAUCCAUGGUACAAAGUUACGCCAAGUACGCCGAAUUGGCCCCGAAUAAUGCUCAAGUACCCGGUAACCCAAAUGUUGGACAUCUUGAUCCGGCAGGUGAGACUGGAACUAGUCCCUUUGGUGACGCAUUUUCCAAGGCUGGAAAUAUGUGGAGUGUGGCAUUAUGUCAAGCAGACACGGAUAACGACGGCUUUACCAACGGACAGGAACUAGGGGAUAUGUGUUGUACGUGGGUGCCAGGCAGCACAGCUGGACUCAUAACGGACGGCUUAAGUGACCCAUCAGAUCCUUCUAAGACUCCUACAAAUGCUGAGCUUCAGACUGGAUGUUCGAAACCUUCGGUCUCUGCGAAUUUCUCAGGCAGUGGCGUAGUAGACGACACGGUAGGCACAGUUGUUCCCGUUGGUCCAUCUGUCGGUGGCCUUCCCAUGGAUGAUGAUGAGGACGACGACUCAGAGAGUGCAGUCGUGACAGCUGGUACAUCAACAGCAACUUCGAGUAUCGUGGUCAUGGGCUUGGCAUUUAUUAUUGCUCUUGCUGUUUUAUUGUAA